CUUCUCUCAGUCCCAUAUUUGUGGUUGAGCGGCGCAAGCAUCAUUUUCACGAACAAGGAAGGAUGUCGUACAAUGGCGUUGGGUUGCGCACGGCGCGUGGGUCGGGCACGAAUGGGUAUGUGAUGCGGAACUUGAGCUACGUCAAGCCCGCGCACAUCCGAGAACGUGAGCGGCAGGCGCAGCUGAAGUACGCGAUGUUGGAAGAGCCACACAACAAGCAACCUGUGAACAAGGAAAUCUUGCUCCAUGAGAAGAAGCGACAGGUAGAAGUCAAGGUGAUGGAGCUACGAGACGAGUUGGAAGAACAAGGGUGUGACGAAGAUGAGAUCGAGGAGAAGUGCGCUGCGUAUCGCGUGAAAGUCCAAGCACGCAUCGAGACUGACGCUCGUCGCCACGACGACUCGAAGCAUGCCAGCAGUCACGCGAAGGCUAUGCGAAAGGCAAAGGAGCUGGCGGCCCUCAAGGAUGCAUUCGGUAUCCGAGAUACUUAUGUGGAAGGCACGAGUUUCGAUGUGGAUUUGCAAGAACAGCGCCGCCUCGAGCGCAUGAACGAGUACGACCGCAAGCAGCGCGAACGCGAGGAGCGAUCCGCGAGACCUCGACUUACGAACAAUGACGACAAGUCGUCGUCGCCUUCCAAGUCGUCGAAGAAGGAAUCCUCGUCCAAAGAGAAACGCCGCCGCCGCCGCUCGCCGUCAUCGUCCUCGUCGUCCUCGUCUUCCUCGUCAAGUUCAUCAUCUUCGUCUUCCAGCGAUUCGUCGUCAGAUUCUUCAAGUGAAUCCGAGUCGGAAAACCACAAGUCCAAGCCUCGUCGGGAAAGCACCAAGGACCGAUCCCGCAGCCGCGACAAGACGCGAGCUUUGACCCCAAAGCAAACAGCUUCCGUCCACGAUGAAGCCAAUUCAUCUCGCAAGCGCAAAGAGCGGUCGCCGCCUCGUUCUCCAGAGGAUGCCAAGCGGCCCAGCCGACGCCGCACGCCCACUCCACCCCCGCGGUCCCCUCGAAGCCCCUUGAGACGACGCAGUUCAUCACCCAGUCGGUCUCCAGUGCGCCGGAAUCUUUCGCCGUCUCGACGUUCACCGAAUCGUCGGACUCGUAGCCUCAGCCGCAGUCGGUCGCGUCGUCGGGGAGAUCGUAGCCGGUCCCCCGUGCGCCGCUUCCGGGGGUCUCCCCCUCGACGUGGGCGCUAUAACAGUCGCAGCCGAUCGCCGUCGUAUCGUCGACGCGGACGGUUCCGGUCGUCGUCCCGAAGCCCCCCGUCGCGGCAUCGUCGCCGCAGCCGAUCAUUUAGCCGAAGCCCCAGUCGCCACAGAGGUCAACACAAGCGAGAAGCCGCCCGGCUGUCCCCCGCGAAGGGAUCGCCGACGAACGGCAAGGACGAAGCUAAGAAGCAAGACGAGCCAACCAAUGCAGGAGGGGGGCGUCGCAGUCGAUCCAGAUUGUCGACCUCGUCCAGUGGCAGUGACAUGGAAGAAUAGGGGAUAGAUAUACUGUAUGAACGAGAAUGCAACUUCUGGAGCUUGGAUAAAGUGAUA